AUGGAUCCAAAUUACGCAGACAAGACGUGGAAAGUCUUGGAGGACGCCAUUCGCGAGAUCCACAACCAGAACGCCAGUGGGCUCAGCUUUGAGGAGCUGUACAGGAAUGCGUACAACAUGGUACUGCACAAGUACGGGGACCGGCUGUACAACGGCGUCGCACAGGCGCUCACGCGGCAGCUGCAGACCAUAGCCGGCCGCGUCGAGGCUGCGCAGGGUGAGUCGUUCCUCAAGGAGCUCAAGGCGCGGUGGGACGACCACAUCAAGAGCACGCAGAUGAUCCGCGACAUCCUCAUGUACAUGGACCGCACCUACGUGACCCAGCAGCACAAGACCCCGGUGUUCCAGCUGGGGCUGGACCUGUGGCGCGAUCACGUGGUGCACAACGCCACGAUACAGCAGCGCAUGCUGGCAACUUUGAACGACCUGAUCAGCCGGGAGCGCGCCGGGGAGGUCAUCGAGCGCAGCCUGCUGCGCGCCACAACGCAGAUGCUGGUGGACCUGGGGCCUGCGGUGUACGAGGCGGACUUUGAGCGGCCGUUCCUGGCCGGGGCGGCCGACUUUUAUGCCAAGGAGGCACAGGCCUUUGUGGCGUCCUGCGACUGCCCGCAGUACCUCAGAAAGGCGGAGCGCCGGCUGGGGGAGGAGGUUGACCGCGUGAAGCACUACCUGGACGCGUCGACAGAGGCCAAGAUCACGCGGGUCGUGGAGAACGAGCUCAUCCGCGAGCAGAUGCGCGCCCUGGUGGACAUGGAGGGCAGCGGGCUGGUGGCGAUGCUGGAGGGCGACAAGUACGAGGACCUGGGGCGCAUGUACGGCCUGCUCAAGAGGGUGGAGGGGGGGCCGGGACUGAUGCGGCAGGUGAUGUGUGACCACGUGAAGGAGUCGGGGCGGCAGCUGGUGAUGGACCCGGAGCGGCAGAAGGACCCCAUAGGCUGGGUGUCGCGGCUGCUGGAGGAGCGGGACAAGUUUGAGGCCCUGGUGGCGCGCGGCCUGGCGGACGACAAGACCUUCAGGAACGCACUCAACCAGGCUUUUGAGCACUUCAUCAACCUGAACCCGCGCUCCCCCGAGUACAUCAGCCUUUUCAUCGACGACAGGCUGCGCAAGGGGCUCAAGGGCGCGAGCGACGCUGACGUGGAGGCCGUGCUGGACAAGACCAUGGCGCUGUUCAGGUAUCUGCAGGAGAAGGACGUGUUCGAGAAGUACUACAAGCAGCACCUGGCCAAGCGGCUGCUGGGCGGCAGGACCGUCAGCGACGACGCGGAGCGGGGGAUGCUGGUCAAGCUCAAGACAGAGUGUGGCUACCAGUUCACGUCCAAGCUGGAGUCGAUGUUCACAGACAUCAAGACCAGCAGGGACACCCUUGACGACUUCCGGCAGCGGCUGACUGAGAAGAGCGCGGACCUGGGGCUGGACCUCACGGUGCAGGUCCUGACCACGGGCAGCUGGCCGACGCAGUCCAACGCCAAGGAGUACUACCUGGCGGCCCACAGCGGGCGGCGCCUCACGUGGCAGCUCAACAUGGGCAACGUGGACCUGCGCGCACAGUUUGGCAGCCGCAAGCAUGAGCUGACGGUCAGCACGUACAACGCCGUCAUCCUCCUGCUCUUCAACAGCGCCGACAGCCCGCCCACCUUCCAUUCUUAA